AUGGUAGCGCGCUUACCUACAGUCGAAAUCACCAUUUGUUUUUUGGUUUGGAUAGUACAUUCCUUCGCUGCAUUUUACGUCGCAUGGAAUGUCUCUUCCACUUUUCGCCACAAAAUAGUUCUGAAAGCUAGCGAAUAUAUAAAUGGUUAUCAAAGAGAUCAUACCGAUGCUGAAUGGGAAUUUUACAGCAAAUCGCUAAGCAGAAUAUUGAUUAUCAAUACUUUACAUAUGGUGCUGUUCAAAAUUUGUCCAGUCCUUCUGCCAAAGAAGUUAUCGCAGUGUUUAUUGUUGGCAUUUUGGAUUGUUGCAGAGAUCUUUUUCACAAGUGCGACUUGCGUUGUAAUUGUGUUCACGUUGGCUGUCGUAAUGGGUAUUAUAGCAAACUAUUGGCGUAGUGAACUAGUUUACUGGUUUACCCUUAUAAUGUUGAUAGUCAAAAUUCAUUCAAUCAUAAAUUUCAGUAAAGUUGAAGAUGUUUAUUACAGAGAAUUCAAUUAUUACCUUUAUAGCACUGUAAAGAUUCUUAAUUUUUGCAUUUAUUUAUCACGAACAAAGGAUAUAAGCGUCAGUUCUUCACUAUUUUUCCGUUAUAUUCAAUACAUAUUUUAUCCACCAUACUCGAUUGUUCUAAUUGUUCUAUUCAAUGAUUUUGAUGCAGAAAUGACAGAGAUUGAAAAUGGUUCCAUGAAAUGCAUAAAUUACAGAAUUUUGAUGAUACGCUUGGUACGUAUUAUAGCCUGGUUCAUAGCAUUCGAAAUAAUAUUACACUUCAUCCAUGUUCACGCAGUUCUUGUCAUCGGUCCAGCUUUAUUCGAUACUCUUAAUGAGUAUGAAAUAGCGAGUAUAUCGUAUGUCAAUGGCAAAUUAUUCUAUAUGAAAUACUUGUUGAUAUUCGGAAUUCCGUCUUGGUUCGCCUUUGCUGAUGGUAUGAAACCCCCAGCUGGACCCAUUUGCAUAUCUCGUAUCAGCAACUAUUCACAGAUGUGGCGCAGUUUCGAUAGAGGUCUUUACGUAUUCCUCAAAAAACAGUUAUAUAUACCAGUAUCAGGUGAUCCAAGCAGCAAAUAUUUUGUAUUACGUCGUUUCGGAGCACUGGGAACUGUAUUUCUAUUCGUACUUGCGUGGCACGGAACUUCUUCAAACUAUUUUUACUGGGUUUUACUUAACAGUCUUGAAAUAUGCAUGGAAUGGUUUGGAGUAGCAAUAUCUAAAACUGCUUUCUACAGCAAGAUCCGAAAUUUUCUGGGGCCCAGAGGAGAACGAAGGCUUAUCGCUUUUUCAAUGAUAAUUACUGUUGUGCCUGGAAUCAUGGGUGUAUUUUUCUUUCUCAGUCGAAGAGAAAUCGGAAUUAUUGUUUUUAAACGUUUGUGUAUCAAUUUGGUUGGUACAAUUAUGCAAUUCACCCUAAAUUUACCCAACAGGUUACUUUAUUAUUAUGCGAUAUCUGCGCAUUUCAUAGUGCUUGGAUAUUGCUUUAAUCAUGUUUGCCUUGAACUCGAAAAAUAUUAUGCUGUCAAACAAGUUUCGGGAGAUGAAGUUAAACGAAAAAUAUUGUAA